GGCGGAAGUGCUGCGGCUGGCGGGAUGGCAGGGGCGGCUCACAUGCGCAGGUACCCUAGGAGUGACACACAGCUCUAGGGCAGGCAGCACGAGUGAGGAAGCAGGAUGUUGUCAAGGCCAAAGCCUGGAGAGUCUGAGGCAGAUCUGCUGCGAUUUCAGAAUGAGUUCCUGGCAGCAAGGGCUUCCCCGGCAGUGAAAGUCGUGAAGAAAGCAGACAAGAGGCGAGGAGCUGCUGGCAGUGGAGAUGAGGAGAGACCCCCACUGCAGGACAGCAGGGAUGUGGUGAUACUAGACGACUUUCCUGAUGUGCUCCCAGCCCUAACUCCAGCACCUCCAAAGAAGUCCAAGUUCAAAAAUGCCUGUGUCCGCUUUGAUGAUGAGGAUCCAGAGGAGAGAUUGGAGUGUCAUGAUCGACACAUCACGGCAGUCUUCAGCAAAAUCAUUGAACGAGACACAAGCAUGGCAGCUGUGACCAUGCCAGUGCCCACUGGAGACCCGUUUCCCAGAGCGUUUCACCGGUCUGAAAUAAAAAAUGAGGUGAAGGUGGAAUCUGGAAGAAAAAGUAUCUUUGCACAGAAGAUAGCUGCUAAGAGAGCAGCUGAAGAGGCUGUGACAGCUCCACCUGCUGUUGAGACUAGGCAUACACACAGAAUAUCAGCAGUUCCAGGUGCCAUCUGUUCCCCUGGAUCAGCAGAGGAGGAGCCACUCCACAGCACUAAGGAUGGCAAACCUGAUGAUGAUGUGAGCACUCAGCGACCUCGUAUCAUAACUGGAGAGGGUCUUGGAAGCUUGGAGAGUGAGCGGGAAGCUCUGGCUAUCCACGAGGAGAACCUACAGAAGUUGCACUCCAUGACCCAGGAGGAGAUCCUACAGGAACAGAGGAGGCUGCUGGUUCAGCUGGAUCCCAGCUUAGUUGCUUUCUUAAAGUCACAACGUGGUGUUGAGGAAGGCCAGGAGAGACGAGAGAAGCCUGGACAUCCAGAACCUGGGACUGAAUCCCAGCAUGGUGCAAAGGAGACUGUGAAGGAUUUCUCUGUAGGGGGGUCAGGCAUGGAGGAGUCUGUGUGGCCUGAAAAAGAUACAAGAAUGGAAAUUACAGAAGUUGACCUUCCCAUCAAGCCCCAGAAGGAAUGGAUCCACAUGAACAAUGUGGAGUUUGAGAAGCUGGAGUGGAUAAAGGAUCUGCCCCACCCCCGGCAAAGGAGAACCAAAAAGGGAAUGCAAGCACGAUUUAGUUUGAAAGGAGAAUUGAUUCCUCCAGAUGCAGAUUUACCUACUCAUCUGGGUCUACACCACCAUGGAGAAGAAGCAGAAAGGGCUGGUUACUCCCUCCAAGAGCUCUUCCACUUGUGCCGCAGUCAGCUCAUUCAGCAGAGGACAUUGGCACUACAGGUGCUAGGCCAUGUUGUCCAGAAGGCCAAGGCUGGGGAGUUUGCCUCCUCCCUGAAGGGUAGUGUCCUGCGCUUGCUGCUCGAUGCCGGAUUCCUCUUCUUGUUGCGCUUCUCCUUGGAUGAUACAGUGGAUAAUGUCAUUGCGGCAUCUGUCCGGGCUCUCCAUAUACUGCUGGUGUCCCCUGAAGAUGAGGAGUAUCUUGACCAGACUUUCUCAUGGUACCAGGGGAUGGCUGUGUUCCCCUUCACCCCCAACAGUGAAGAGGAGGAGGAGGAGGAAGAGGAAGAAUUGACUCUAAUGGAAAAAACACGAGGGAAAAAAUCAAAGGUUGAAAACAAGCCAGAUCCAGAUGUGGCCCGGUAUGAUGUCAUAAAGGGGCUUCUGAAGACACAGUUUCUUCAUCGGCUGAGGUACAUCCUUGAGGUGGUGCGACCAGUCCCUGCUGUAGUUCUGGACAUCCUGGAUAUUCUCACCCGGGUAGCAAGGCACUCCUCUGAAGCAUGCAGUCAGCUCCUGGCCUGUCCUCGGCUGAUUGAGACCAUCGUUAGAGAGUUUCUCCCUAUCCAGUGGGAUCCCCGGGCAGCUGAACCAGGCCACUUGCUCACCAGCCUCCAUGGCAUUGCGUGUGCCACCGCCAUGAAGUUAAUCAGAGUCCUGGCAUCUGGGGGGAGGAAUGCAACAGCCAGACUGCUUAAUAAAUUAGAGCUGAAGAGUCGACUGAGUCGGUUUAUAGCUGAAGAUCCCCAGGACCUGCCUCUGCGCAGGGAGGAAGCCAUAAGGCUGAGCACCGAGGCUUUCCGGCUGUGGGCUGUGGCUGCUGGCUACGGUCAGUCCUGUGAUCUCUACAGGGAUCUCUACCCCGCGCUGGUGAAGAUUCUCCAGUCCCUGCCCCACUUGCUCAGUGAUUGCCAGGAAAACCCCACAUUUCCACUUUCCAUCCAGCGAGCUACAGCUGUGGUCACCCUGCUGACCCAUGUGACUCAAACUGCAGGAUGCACGGCAGAGCUUCAGGCCCGGCUCAGCAGCAGUGGUCCAGGAGAUGGAGAGCAGAUUCCUCCUCCACCAGUCACCUGGAAUCAGGUGUCAGGCCUGAGACCCUUCCUGGAGACCAAUCUGAGGAGGUCUGUCCAGGAAAUAUCCCGACUCGAAACCUGGCAAGCUCUCCAGCCUCUUACAACAACAUACAUCAUCUACUUGGGGGUUUACUACAGCAUUUGCAGCCAACAGCCAUCACUAAAUCCAGUUGACUGCCUGGAGGAAGUGGAGCGUUUGACAUCUGAGGUUCUGCUGCCUCUCCUCAGCCAGCCUGCCAUGCACAGAAUGUGGGAUCUGCUCAGGCCGUGCUCUGCUCUAUGCAAUCCCCUGUCCUGUUCCCCAGCACCAGAGUCUGUCCCCAGCAUUGUGUCUUUGAGUUGCACUGGAGGGAAAUCGCAGAUGAGUUUAGUUGGCUCCAAGUCACCCUUCCCCUUCCUCACUGCCCUCCUCUUCCUCAUCAACAACGUCACCCAUAUCCAUAAAGGGCUGGUCAGCAAGUACACCUCUGUGCUAGACUUCAAAGGUCUGAAGGACUACCUGCUCCAGAGCUGGCCCACCGGACCUCCCUCCAUAACCCCUUCAUCUGCCUGGAUCCUGCGGCAUGAAUACCAUCUGCAAUACUUUGUGCUAGCAUUGGCUCAGAAAAUGGCAGGCAUUUGUCCGGAUUACGCUCAGCACGCCUCGCUCCAUCACUGUGUUGCCAUGACAUUGUUAAGCCGUCUGUUGCCAGGGAGUGAGCAUCUGGCUCAUGAGCUCCUUUUGGGUCUCGCCUUUAAUCCAGAAUUCAUUCCAGAAGGGAAAACUGGAGGGCCAGAAGCAGCUGAUUUCUCUGAUAUCCUACAUCUGGGCACGAGCACAAAGCUGGCACAGCCUGGCUCAGUGGCCGCAGGUUUCCCCAAACCCCGCCGCGGUGUGUUGCUGGGAGAAUCAUACCAGCAUCUCCCUUUCAUUCGUGCCUGUUACCUCUCUCAGUUUGUUCACUUGGAGCCUGCUCUUGCUCGUUCCCAGGUAGCCUACCAAGGACGAACUUACCUGGUCCAAUCAUUGCUGCUUCCUGAAGUCAAAGGGCCCAUCCUACCUUCUGACUGGCCAUUCCUUCCUCUUAUCAGCCUCUACAACAAAGUGACCAGUGCAGAGACACGGGGGGCUGUACUGAACACUCUUCCACCUGAUCUAGUGAACACUGUGACCCGGAACCUGCAGUGGGUCCUGCUCCUGGAAACGUGGCGUGCCAGAGUACUUCAGAACAUCCCAGCUGCUGCCAAACUGGCACGGCUUAUGUGUGUGUUCCUCACAGGCGGUGACCUGUUCCUGGAAGGACCUGUUCAUUGCUACACAGCUGCCCUUCUUGCUCUCUAUUGCCAACCCAAAGUCCUGGACUCCCUGGAAUUGGAUGCCCCUCUCCCUGGCUUGGCAUCAUUCCAUGACGUCUAUAUAAGUGUUCUGGAGCAGUUUGAAGGAGUCUCCUUCGGUGACCCCCUUUUUGGAGCCUUUGUUCUCCUUCCUUUGCAGAGGCGGUUCAGCAUUCAGCUGCGGCUGGCAGUUUUUGGGGAGCAUGUGAGCACCUUGAGAGCCCUGGGAGUGCCACUCAAACAGUUUCCUGUGCCGCUGGAGCGAUACACCUUGCCUCCCGAGGACAACCUGAACCUCUUGAGACUGUAUUUCCAAACACUGGUCACUGGUGCGCUGCGUCAUACCUGGUGCCCUGUUCUUUAUGCUGUGGCUGUGGCUCAUGUGAAUAGCUUCAUUUUCUCUCAGGAUAGCACAACACAGGAGGCUGAUACUGCUCGGAAAAGCAUGCUGCGGAAGACCUGGCUGUUGGUGGAUGAGGUAUUGAAAAAGCAUCUUCUCUACUACAAAGUGCCCAACCCAGAGAGCCCGAUGGGCGUUGACCUUUAUGAGCAGCUCCCUCCCAUUCGACUGAAGUACCUGCAAAUGGUGACCAAGAAAGAGCCCAAGGAGAACAUGCAGAUGUCAGACCCAGAGUGAAGCACCUCAGCUACAGAAGGACUGAGGGCCAGGAAAGGUCAUUUUAGACAAGCUGAUGAAAAAAUUUAAGUGAACUCCAUGGGUGCAGUGUUGCCUGGCAUCCUGGCCAUAUUGGCAAAGGGAAAGGCAAAUAAACCCCUUCAGCACUGUGGCACAUCACAUGGCUUCUAAGGAUGUGGUUGACCUGCACGUAGCCUAGGUAUGUCUAGUGCUGGAACAUCCUUUUGGAUUCUGACUUGCUGCUUCUUGGGGCUGGAGAGUGCGAACAAACAUGCCUGUGAAGUGGAAUGUGAGUGCAGACUGAAUUAAUAAACUAAAUCAGGUGAAAUAAAGUUCAGUCCUUUCUGAUGGAAGUCUCAUUUUCUUAAUGUGAUUUCCAUGGCCAGCCCCACUUUCUGAGCGCUAGCCUCUCCCUCGCUUUUCUGGAUCCUGAGCUUUGCAGGGUUUUUUCUAUUCACUGGCAUUGUGAGGGAAGGAAGAAGCUGGUUCUGGUGAAGUGUCCUUUUCUCCAGCAGUCUCUCUCAGAAAGUGCUGCGUGCACUCAGUUAGCCACCCAGUUGUACUGUGUCAAACCUCGAAGGAAGCUAUGCUAGAAACCUGGGCUCUGCGCAGAUUCUCCCAUGGCGCUCUCUUGUAUGGGCUGAGAGAUGCUUUUUCUCCCCUUAUUUUUUAAUCUUACUAGAUUUAACAAAAUUAUCUCUCUGCAGGACAGGAUGUUUAGCAGCUUCUACCACUCCCCAUAAGAAAAAAUAAGUAUCUGAUUGUUUGACUAGAAUGCACAUUGAUUGUCUUUUGGUGAAAGGCUUAAAGUGGAAGUUACUAGGCUAAAGGAUCAGUAUGUUUAAUAAUAAAACUCCCAACCCUUGACUAGCCUCCCUGUCCUAAUCCUAUAUUUUAACCUUAGCUACCAGGGCUAGCAGUGUCGUGACAAAAAUAACGGAGCCCAUUGCCAGGCACAGCACUUACUACCAUGAGCAGUCACACUGGAGCCCAUGCCUACUGCUCUGAACAAUCCACUCCCUUGCAGGCAACUAACUCGUUUUGUGUAGGCCACUGAGCUGCUGUGAGAUGGUAAUGACUUUGUAACUUGCUGCCAGCCUGGACUGAAUUUGAACUAGUGACCUAUGCGUGAAAGGUUGUACACCUCUCUUCCCAGUCCCAACUCCCCAGAAGGGUAAAAAUCUCAGAUUCUCCUGCAGCAGUUUUCCCCUCUUUUAUUUCAAGCAGGAUCUGGGCAGUGCUAGUGUUUCUUUUUUAAUCCUUUCUCUAUUCUUAUCCUUUUUCGGUUGCAGUUUCUGAUCAGAGGUCUUUCACAGCUGAAAAUCAAUAGCUUAUAAAGCCAGACAUGCAAGAAGUAGCCAGUAUUGUUAUUUUUUCUUUUAAAGGUGCUAGCUAUGAUAAAACUUUUACUGAAACCUUUUCCACUUUAAAAAAACAACGCGGAGUCCUUGUGGCACCUUAGAGACUAACACAUUUAUUUGGCAUAAGCUUUCGUGGGCUAUAACCCACUUUAUCAGAUGCAUAGAGUUGAAAAUAGAGUAAGCAGGUAUAAAUAUACAGCACAUGAAAAGAUGGGAGUUGCCUUACCAAGUGAGGGGUCAGUGCUAACGAGGCCAAUUCAGUCAUGGUGAAUGUGGCCCAUUCCCAACAGUUGACAAGAAGGUGUGAGCAUCAACAGGGAAAACAAUUUUUUGUAGUGACCCAGCCACUCCCAGUCUUUAUUCAGGCCUAAUUUGAUGGUGUCAAGUUUGCAAAUUAAUUCCAGUUCUGCAGUUUCUCUUUGAAGUCUGUUUUUGACGUUUUUUGUUGUUGAAGAAUUGCCUCUUUUCACUCUGUUAUUGAGUGUCCAGGGAGAUGGAAGUGCUCUUCCGUUUUUAGUGCACUAGCUUGACUUUCAUGCCUUUAACAACAGGCGUUUAGGUGUUUUGAAUUCAAAUCAUGUUUGCCCCACUGGAAGAGGUUCCCCACUUACAGUGUACAGUGAAAUGAUACCACUGAGGCAACAUAUGAAUGAUAGUGGAAGAGAUUGGAUGGCAUGUAUUGGUGCACUCACAAACACGCCUGAAGUCUUCCAGUGGUCCCUGUUGCAAAAAGUGGAUCAGACUACUUUUUGGCUUCCUCUGCCUCCAAUGGUUCCUAAAAUCACCAGUGAUUGCUCCCUCCCUCCCCACCCAUCUUCAUCUUUUUAUGGGGAUCUGGAUUGCAAGUAGCAAGCAUGAAGUGGGAAACAGCAGAUGGCUUUAGAGGCCACAUUGUGUUACAGAAUAUGCUGACAAUCUGCAUCUCUACCGUAACUGUAAAAAGUUUGACCAUGCCUUGGCAUUGGCCGUGGCACAAAUGUAACAAAACUUCACAGCUUCAAUUUUAUGAGGCUUUGGGUAGCUGUAUUCCCUCUGCAAAGCACCAGAGGGCACUGCUUAACCUACUUCAAAUCCAAUCUUUCUGGGCAGCUGCAUAUUCUGGGUUUGGGGAAGGUGGUUUAAAAUUAUUUCUGCUUCUUGGGUUGCUGCAAACUUUCACUAAGUUUUCUUUAAAAGUCUUUGAAAGCUUUUGUGUUUGGUUUUAGUUUUUGAGUGGUUGCUAAGGAUCAAUCAAUGCUUUGCCAACAGAGAGAGAGAGAACACUUCUGCAAUACCCAUUGGUACGGUAAAUGGAAAUUGAAAUGUAAAUUGCCAUUUUAAGCAGGGACAAAAUGUGCUAGUUAUGGUAAUCCAGUUUAAUCCUCAUCAAAAUAACAUGUUAGAGAGGGG